AUGGCCUAUGCCUCUGCCGGCCUCGGGGCCGCUCCUCGCAAUGGGAGCAUGGGCAACAUGGGGAACAUGCCCUCGGCGGGCUACGGCUAUGCCUCGCCUUCCGGAGCCCCAUUGGGCCAGAGCAUCGUCAUGAGCCCCAGCAGGUCGGCCGGGCGCGGGAUGCCUUCGGCACUGCAAGCCCCGCUCGCCCCGGCUGCUGGGGGAGGAAUGCCACGCGCGCAGCGCAUGCAGCGGCUGCAGCGCAUCCUGGAUAGCUUCGAGGUGUCCAUAGCAGAUGCCAAUGAUCUGGCAGUUCUGGAGGACUACGAGAUCGUGCUCAUCCUUGACGAUUCCAGCUCGAUGAACAACUCUGCGAAGCCCGCUUCACAGCGACGGCUCUACGAGGAGUCUGCAACACGGUGGGAUGAGCUUAAGUCAUCCGUACUGCUUAUGAUAGACCUGGCAGCUUGUUUCGACGAGUCGGGCCUUGACCUGUUCUUCCUGAACCGUGGUCACAUCGAUGGAGUGAAGAGCUCACAGGAUCCGCGAGUGCUUGGUGCUUUCACCCAGCCUGCUCGAGGCUCGACGCCGCUCACGGAGGCCCUGAGGACCGUGGCAGAGCACUGCCAAGGAGAGCGACCCAUCCUGUUGAUGAUCUUCACGGAUGGGGAGCCCAACGGCGGCGUGCGAAACUUCGAGAAGGAACUGAAGCGCUUAGUCACGAAGAAGAGCACGAACUUGAGCUUCAGGGUGCAGAUCAUGGCAUGCACCGCGGACGAGGAUGCUGUCGGAUACCUGAACGACAUCGACGAGAAGUUUGGCAAGGUGGAUGUCACGGAUGAUUACUACAGCGAGAUGAUCGAGGUGCUCAAGAAGGGCCGUAUCAAGAAGACCUUCUCGCGGGGCGAUUGGCUGAUGAAGGCCAUGCUCGGCCCCGUCAGUGCGAAGUUCGACGCCUGGGACGAGACCGGAGUGAAGAAGAAGCACUGUGCCAAGCACUGCGACGACUCGGACUGCAGCGACCACAGCGACGCAGAGUGUGGUGCCUGCAGCAUAAGCUGA